AUGCCUAUCGGCGUAGCAAUUAUCGGAAGUGGCCUUUUUGCCAAAGAGCAGCAUCUGCCUGCUGUUCAAGCUGCUGCAAACUUCCAGCUCAAGGCCAUCUACUCGCGUUCCCUCAAGUCGGCACAGUCGCUUGCGGAAGGCAGGUCCGGGGUUGAUCUCUACUCCGAAGACGCGGGAGCUGGCAAGUCUUUUGAUGAUCUACUGGCCCGUUCAGAAAUUGACGCCGUCAUCAUCGCUCUCCCCAUUCUGGUUCAACCCGAAUUCAUCAAGAGAGCCCUUCUGGCUGGCAAGCAUGUCCUGUCCGAGAAGCCCAUCGCCAAGGACGUUGCCACAGCCCAGGAACUCCUGCAGUGGUACGGGGCCAAUAUUGACCCCAGGAAGACAUUCUGGGCCGUGGGCGAGAACUACCGAUACAUGACCAAGUUCCUGUUUACGGCUGAGCAGGUGCGAAAGAUGGGCAAGGUCAAGCACUUUCGGGUAAAUGUCCAGAACUUGGUGAAGGAGGAUAAUAAAUACUACCAAACUGCUUGGCGUAAAACGCCUGGGUAUCAAGGAGGCUUCCUCCUGGACGGUGGAGUGCAUAUGACUGCUGGCCUGCGCCUGAUCCUGGGCUCAGAGCAUAUAACUGCAUUGUCAGCCCAGUCUCAACUGCAGCAAGCAUACCUACCACCGGUUGACACGGUGGACGCCGUCGUUCAAACCGGAUCUGGUGCUACAGGUAUCAUUUCCUUGUCGUGGGGAUCGCCGUUCAAAGACAGCACUUUCGAGUUUGCCUGCGACAAGGGCGUGGUGACUUUGAAAGGUGACGAUGUGACAGUUGAUGGCAAAGCUUACCACGUUGAGUUUGAUGGCAAUGGAGUUGGCCCCGAAGUCGCUGAUUUCGCGACAGCCAUUGUUAAUGGAUCCCCGGUUGAGAAGAGGCAGUCGCCUGAGGCUGCACUGGCGGAUUUGGAAAUGUUGGAGCAGAUGCUGAAGAGUGGCGAGCGACAAGGUGAAAGAGUGAACCUCCAACUGCAGUCCGACUCGACAACUCUCGAACGCCCGGCGAGACCCUACAACACCGCCAAAAUGGUCGCCGCAAAGAAGCACAUCCCCAUCGUGAAGAAGCGCACCAACCGCUUCAACCGUCACCAGUCUGACCGGUUCAUGCGCGUUGACCCUUCGUGGCGCAAGCCCAAGGGUAUUGACAACUGUGUCCGCCGCCGCUUCAAGGGCCAGAUUGCCAUGCCCUCCAUCGGUUACGGUAGCAACAAGAAGACCCGUCACAUGAUGCCCUCCGGCCACAAGGCUUUCCUCGUCCACAACCCCAAGGACGUUGAGCUCCUCCUGAUGCACAACCGUACCUACGCUGCUGAGAUUGGCCACGCUGUCUCCUCCCGCAAGCGUGUCGACAUCCUCGCCAAGGCCAAGGCUCUCGGUGUCAAGGUCACCAACCCCAAGGGCCGUGUCACCACCGAGGCCUAA